AAUUUUUAUUUUUCAUUUUUUUGUUCACCAGAUAUUCUUUAAUUCUGUUCCAUCAAAUUACACUAUACAGCCAUACAUAAUAAUGAGCCUCUUGAGUUCAGCACACGACUUAAUCAGGAAAAGAAUGGCUGGGUUAUCUACACCUCAAAAUAUUCGCAAGGAUAUGAAUCAAUAUUUUCUAAACAUAGAACAGUUAUUAAAACGAACAGUUGAAUUGGGAGAAAGCAAUUCACUUCUUAUUAUUGGUCCAAGCGGAUCUGGCAAGACAACAUUACUGAAAAAGUCUUUAACAAACAUUAAAAAAGAUGUUAACAUAGGGAAAAAUUUGAUGGAAGUACAUUUAAAUGGUUUAAUUCAAACUGAUGACAGAAUUGCAUUAGAAGAAAUUACAAGACUAUUACAUCUUGAGAAUACAGUUGGAGAUCGCGUGUUUGGUUCUUUUUCGGAAAAUUUAGCAUUUUUAUUGGAAGCUUUGCGGACAGGCAAAUCGUCAACUUCUUGCCCUAUUCUUUUCGUUUUGGACAAUUUUGAGCUUUUUGCUAUGCAUAAAAAUCAAACCCUGUUGUAUAACCUUUUUGAUAUUACGCAGGCGGGUACUACACCUAUGGCAGUAAUAGGUCUCACUUGUAGACUUGAUGUUAUGGAUUUGUUAGAAAAAAGAGUAAAAUCGAGGUUUUCACAUAGACAAAUAUAUAUUCAUAAUGGAAGUAAUUUUGAUCAAUAUGUAGCAACUUUCAAGGACUUACUCACUCUCAAUGCGGAUGAUAUUAAAACAUUUGCUGGAAACAAGAAUGAGAAAAAUAAAUUUCUGAAGCAGUGGAAUAAUUUUGUUGAAAAAAUUACAUCUGAUUCAUCAGUGCUUCGGUCACUUCAAUUUCAGUUUGAUAUUUGCAAGGAAGUUUCUUCGUUGUACACUGCGCUUGCACUCGUAUUGUUUAAAUUAGAUCCGUUUGCAAAGCCAUCAGAUACUGCAGGUGAAAUAGUCGAUGCAAUAAAUACAUUACAUUGUGAUUUCAAAGCAAAUGUACUACAUGGACUUUCUGUCUUGGAACUUUGUCUGGUUAUUGCAAUGCACCACCUGAAUAAUAUCUACGCAGAGCCUUUUAAUUUUCAAAUGGUUUAUAAUGAAUAUAUUAAAUUUGCGAAAAGAAGAUCCCAUAUCUUGCAAAACUAUUCUAAACAGGUUGUCAUGAAAGCCUAUGAGCAUUUGAUAGAAUUGGAACUGAUUAAACCUAUGGAUUCAAGUGCAACUGGUGUUCAUGCUGGUGUUGGAUCCAAACUUCAAAAGGAAUACAGGCCGAUGUCUCUAUUAAUUGAACAAAGCCAACUUCAUGAAGCGAUAAACAAAUACAAUGGUUGUCCUACUGAUCUAAGGCAAUGGGCUAUGUCAUCACUUGAAUAAUUUGUAUGAACAAGCUAUGAGGGCAUAACAACACACACAGAUAGUAUUGAGAAUUGUUCCUUCUUUGAGAAGUAUUUUCUGGCAAUAUUAACAUUAUAGAUUACGGCAGAGGUUCCCAAACUUUUUGGGCCACGGACCCCUAUUUGUGGAUAUUAUUUUUUACGGACCCUCAUGUUAUACCAAUUUAUGUGACUCCCAUUGUUAAGGUCUCGUAACCAUUACCAUUUGUGAUUGCGUUAACUUACAACUUUAUCUCGUUUAUGAAUGUCUAUGUAACAGUGGAUAUACGUUAAAUGUACCGGUAUAUGUUUCAGACUCUCAAUAUCGCUGCGAACCCCAUGUGUAGUCGUUACGGACCCCAGUUUGGGAAACCCUGGACUACGAUAAUAAUGAUUAUGUGUUUUUGUUUUACAAUACACACAAUGAGGAACAAAUAAUGUACCGUACUUCAUAAGGGCAUGUUUGCUUUUUUAUAAAUUUGCAUCGAAACCAUACUUGACAAAAAAAUAAAGAUUUGGGAAAUGAGAUCAUUAAUUCAUUAUUUGUUAUUUUCAGAUAAAAAAUGUUUUUUGAACAUACAUUUUCCAACAGAUUGAUGUUGUUGCCCCCAAUGAUCAGCGGUUAUUGAUUAAUCCUGUCAUCUUUUACCAUAUAACAUCAAAAUCCAAUUAAACAUACAUGAUAGAAGAUUGUUCGAAGUUUUAGUACCUGUGUCUGCUAUGUUCAAAAAAAAAUUAUUUUCUAUAUUCAUUUUCAGA